AUGUCACUUUAUUUUAUUCAAUUGUUCGCUUUUAUCUGUUCUUCAUAUAGUCUCAAAUCUAUCAAUAUUUUAUGAAACAUACAUGUCACAUCGUGUUACUUAAUCAUUUAAGAUCAUAAUCUAACUCAAACUUUUAAAGAUGUGACGAUUAAAUAAACACGAGACUUGCCUCAAUUCAAACCGCCCCAAAGGAGGAAACAUGAGGCCAAUCUCAACCUCAACCAUCUGCGUCUCUAUCUUCAAUCCACCAAACAAAAGGGUUAAGAAAUUUGUGGUACCAAAACACAGAACUUUAAUGGAGGUUCAAAGGCAGAAAUAGUUCCACGUAGUCUCAAAAAUAUUCCACAAAGAAACCAUAGUUUUACCUUCAGAGAAUCCAUUUAGAAUAAACCUCAAUUUGUUCUCCUUUUCUCUCCACAGAUUCAGUGUGCUUUCUUCUUGGCCACUAUUUCAACUCAAGAUUUCAAUAUUUUGCCAUUCAUCACGCUUCUGGAUUGCUUUCUUCCUUCUUCCUUCCCUUCCAAUGUCAAUCUUAGCUCAGAACAAGUUCCUUCUGAGCUCCCGAACCCGUGUUAACCCGUUGAGCCCUCCGAUUCCACGUAAAAUUGUCUACUGUGUAGCCAACACAGUCGACGUCGCUGCUGCUGGUGCCACCACCACCAAACCCAAGCAUGCCGAUGGCCAACUAGUCAUUAAACGCGAGUUUGUCUCUCCUCCACUCACAUUGGGCAAAGCCUCAACCUAUCAUUAUGUUCUUAAUGACCCAAGUUUACGAUCGACUUGGGGCCAUCGUGCGUGGGUGGCGAGUGGGUGCACCACAGUGCUCAUUUCUUUGGCAAAAUCAAUAGUAGGUGCAGCCAGUUCACACAUCUGGCUUGAGCCUACUUUAGCAGCAUUGGUAGGUUACAUUCUAGCAGACCUUGGAUCUGGAGUUUACCAUUGGGGCAUUGAUAACUAUGGCGAUGCCUCGACUCCAAUCUUCGGUACCCAGAUAGAAGCAUUCCAAGGCCACCAUAAGUGGCCAUGGACAAUCACGAAGCGUCAGUUUGCCAACAACUUGUAUGCAUUGGCACGAGCUGUGACAUUCGUUGUGCUUCCCAUAAACCUUGCAUUUGGUGAUCCCAUUCUACAUGGUUUUGUUAGUGUAUGCUCAGGUUGCAUAAUGUUUAGCCAACAGUUUCAUGCAUGGGCUCAUGAUAAAAAGAGCCAACUACCACCACUCGUGGUAGCAAUGCAAGAUGCUGGCCUGCUCGUGUCACGAAUGCAACAUUCCGCACAUCAUCGUCCACCCUAUAACAACAACUAUUGUAUUGUAAGUGGAAUAUGGAAUCAGCUUUUGGAUGAAACAAAGGUUUUCGAGGCAUUUGAGAUGAUCUUGUUUUUCAAGCUCGGGGUAAGACCAAGAUCUUGGAGUGAGCCUAACACUGAAUGGACCGAAGAGACUGAAACUGUAGAACAAACUACAGCCAGUUGACCACAUUCUUCUGUCAUUCAUAUUAUGGUUUUCCUUGCAGAAUGGAAGGAAACAAAAUUGUUGAUUUGAAACAGUUUCACAUGUAAACUAUAUAUGAUGAAUUGUGUUAUUUGCAGAAGUGUUUUUCCUUUA